UUGUUUUUAAGUUGUACCAAUUUGUUGCAUUCAAAAUGAAGGUCUUGGCUCUAUUUCUUCUGUCUACCGUUGCUCUGGCAAGAGGUAACACAUUGAGGCUCGCCGAAGAGCAGCUGGAGCCGGAGAAUAUCAUCACGAACGGCUACUUAGCACCAGAGGGCAAGGCGCCAUACAUUGUGUUCUUGGCAUUCCGAAAUGGCAAUUCGGGUGCAUGGUGUGGUGGCUCCAUAAUUGGUAAUACUUGGGUGGUCACCGCUUCGCACUGUUCCAAGUCUUUCAACUCUGUGACCAUUUACUAUGGCACAAACAAGCGCGCUCAGGGCUCGGUGACACACACUGUUACUGGCAAGAACAUCAUAAACCAUCCCAGCGAUGACAUCGCAUUGAUACGCACCCCCCACGUCAAUUACUCCGAUCGCAUCAAGCAGGUGAAGCUGCCCACUAAUGGUGGUAAUCUCUACGUCAACGAACGGACCACGGCCUGCGGCUGGGGACAGACAACUUCAACUAGAACGCCCGAAAAUCUACAAUGCGUCGAUGCGACGGUCAUAUCCAACUCUCAGUGUGCCAGAACCUAUGGCACACGCACAAUCCAGAACCAAAUUCUCUGCACUAGCACUUCGGGCGGCAGAUCCAUUUGUUCCGGCGACUCUGGCGGUCCGCUGGUAACACAAAGUGGUACGAUUCUGAUUGGUAUCAGUCAGUUUGUUUCGGGCAGGGGCUGCACGGCUGGCGAUCCAGCUGGCUUUGCACGCGUUACAAGCUUCCUCGGAUGGAUACGUGAUAACACUGGCAUCACUGGCUAAAGCCUCGAGUUGCAAAAUUCUUGAUUUUAAUUCAAAAUC